AUUCUUUGUGCCAGCCACCGUGUGGCAUUCGACAUGCUCGCAGGAAUGCACGGUGGACGAAAAUGAUUCGUGAACCACAGCAGUGAAGAGUGCACAUCAUCGGAAGAUUACUACAGGCGUUGCGUCCUCUCGUGAGAACAUCAAGAGGCCUGCUGUCGCCUUGGUAUACACGUAGCCUGAACCCUGGCGUCGGGAAUGGCAACGUACAGGGUGUGGCGCGGGCGGUCUAAAAAUGGCGGGCGAGGCGUACAUCCCCGGCCAAGCUAAGUUCCGCGCGAACAGCUGCGGCGUCCAACGACGAACAUCCCCAACCGCGCCCUCAGUCACUCUCCCGCCCACGCUGCGGAACAGCGCGGAUCGCCCACCAUGUCGCAGACGCAGCAGGUCGAGCAUACCGACUCGAUAUCGAGCCAGGAACCGAACAACGAGACGGCCAAGAAGACCAAGUCCAGAAGGCCCCCGAAUACGGCCUUUCGGCAGCAGCGACUGAAAGCAUGGCAACCCAUUCUCACCCCGAAGACGGUCCUUCCCAUUUUCUUCAUUGUCGGCAUCAUAUUUGCACCCAUCGGCGCGCUGCUGCUGUAUGCGAGCUCUCAGGUAAAAGAGAUCGCGCUCGAUUACACAGACUGCCUGACCGACAGCUCGUCGCCCAACACAACACUGCCCAUUGGAAGCACCUCGCCUCUAAAGGAAAUGCCGGCCGACAAGUACUCGCAGACGUUUAAGACGAAGUUGAACAACGACCCCCCCAGAUGGGCACACGCGAAAGAAGCCUACACAUGGCCAUCAGGAAAGGAGCAGGACACGGACGUCUGCAUACUCGAAUUCAGCGUACCGGAGGAGAUCAAGGGUCCCAUCUACUUCUACUAUCGCCUGACAAACUUCUACCAGAACCACCGACGCUAUGUCAAGAGUUUCGACGUCGAUCAACUGAAGGGAGAUGCCAAAACGGGUCCACAGAUAAAAUCUGGCGAGUGUGACCCGCUCGAUGUCGCUCCGGACGGUCGACCGUAUUAUCCCUGUGGCCUGAUCGCAAACUCCAUGUUCAACGACUCCUACAGCAACCUGACGGCGUUGAACGUGGACGACGUUAAGUUUUACAACUUCACGGAGAAGGGUAUAUCAUGGAGCUCCGAGGGCGAUCUCUACGGAGAAACAAAGUAUCAGCCGAAAGACGUGGUUCCUCCACCCAAUUGGGCAGAUCAAUAUCCUGAGGAUGGCUACGAUUCCACAUCUCUGCCAGACCUCCAUACAUGGGAGGCUUUCCAAGUCUGGAUGAGGACAGCCGGUCUCCCGACUUUUAGCAAGUUGGCUAUGAGGAACGACACUGCUCCCUUGUUGAAGGGCAAAUACCGGGUGCAGAUCUAUGACCGGUUCCCGGCCUCCAAGUACGGUGGCACUAAGUCAAUUCUCAUCUCGACCCGCACAGUCGUCGGUGGCAGAAACCCCUUCUUGGGCAUUGCUUACGUCGUUGUCGGCGGUCUCUGCAUCCUGCUCGGCACCAUCUUCACGCUGACCCAUCUUGUCAAGCCAAGAAAAUUGGGUGAUCAUACUUACUUGUCGUGGAACAACGACCAGCCAAGCACCGCAACAACGACAGGCCGUGCCCGCCCCGGCGAAGGCGCAUGAUGAUCACGGAAGUCCUUCCUAAUGUAGAUAUGGGGCCUGGCAUCUCCGAUGCAACGCUUUCCUUUUCCUUUUGCAAUUGAGUCGCGACCACGGUCCGGGGUAUCGGGAUGUGUAUUUGUACCACAAUGGUCUGCGCGUCUGGAGUUAAGGCGUACGUCAGCGACCAAUCGAAUCGCAGAAUUCUUUUACAUCACUAUGCAUCGCUCGAAUGAUUUCUUUGCAUUGAAUUGCUCACAUGGUUGAUACUGUCUGAUCUUUAAAUCCGCGCAAGACAUUCAGCCCAUCAGU